AUGGUCUUAUCCAAUGUCCUUGUAAGAAGUGUAUGGAUGGGCCUUGACUACCUCAUCAAGAUUGCAUCUACGUCCAUACCUGAUCUCGUGGUUGGUGGAAUGACAAACAAUGAGAAUGUGGAGAAGGUCCGCAACUUGAUGGAGGACACUAAUGUUCCAUUGUAUCCUGAGUGUAAAAAGAUGUCAAUGCGAUUCCGCAAGAUUAGUAAUGCAAACAUUGCCAACCUCACACUUCUCGACAGCAAAGGCUUCCACAUGAGCAUCCAAAGGAGCUCCAAUGUCACCAUCCGAAACCUCAACAUCUUAGCCCUUGAAAACAGCUACAACACUGAUGGCAUCCACAUUAGCGACAGCAACAAUACCGAUCUUGCUACCCGGACCAUUGGCACUGGUGAUGACUGCAUCUCCAUUGGUCAAGGGAACACUAACGUCUCCAUCUCUAAUGUUGCUUGUGGCCCUGGUCAUGGAAAGUAUAAGUAUGAGAAGAAUAUAGCUGGGGUAAAUGUGAGGAACUAUACAGUCUCAGGCACGUCGAAUAGAAUUAGGAUCAAGACAUAUCCCGGAGCACCUCCAAGUGAAGCCUUAGACAUUACAUUUAAGGACAACGUCACAGAGAAUGUCUCUAAUGCCAUCAUCAUAGAUCAAGAGUAUUGCUUGGGGCAUCACUGCAGUAAUGAGCCUUCAGGUGUAAAUAUUCGCAAUGUCACAUAUCGACGAAUCAGAGGGACUUCAAAUAAAGCAGUUAUAGUGAAUUUUAUGUGCAGCCAAUUGGUUCCUUGUGAGAAUCUAAUACUCCAUGAUAUUAAUCUAGAAUUUGUAUCCAGUUCUGAUAGUUCUGGCAUCACCUCCUCACCCAUUCAAAAUUACUCCUCACUUGUUCCAAACAUCACCUCCUCUUGUUUAAAUGUCAAAGGGAUGGCUUUCAAGACCCAAAAGCCAGCCACAUGCCUUUAA